AUGACGCGGGUUACGUUUGGCGUUUCCUGCUCUCCCUACGUGGCCAUUCGCACCACCUGGCGCGCGGCAGAGGAUGCUGGAUCGGAGAUGGAGGAGGCCGCGCACGCGGUCAGAAACAACAUUUAUGUCGAUGAUUACCUGGACUCUGCUGGGGGUCUGGACGAGGCCAUCCGAAGGGCAACUGCAGUGCAGAAGGUGUUGGCGGGAGGCGACUUCCACCUCAGCCACUGGGUGUCAAACAGCGCUCAAUUACUCAACGAGGUCCAGCCCCGUGACGAUGCAGGUACGAUGGUCGAGUCAACCACGAUCCAGUUAGGAGCAGACGACCCAGAGAUGGUUUUAAGAAUCGUGUGGAGGCCGGGCAAGGACACUCUCGGCUUUCAAGUGAAGCUGGACUAUAUCGUUUACACUAGAGUAGGCCUUCUGGCCAAGGUCGCCGGCCUUUUCGACCCUUUAGGCACCGCCUCACCAUUGACUGUGAAGGCGAAGAUUAAGUUGCGGGAGCUCGGUGUAAGGGGACUCCACUGGGACGAGCCGGUCACAAAGGAGGACCGACAAUGGUGGGAGAAAUAUUUCCGGACGAUUGAUGGCCUUAAGGAGGUGGAGUUUCCGCGCUGCCUAUUUCCGGAUGCGGACGAAGUGAGAGGUUUGGAGCUACACACAUUUGCCGAUGCGUCCGAGGAGGCUUGUGCAGCAUCCUGCUACGUUCGCUUGAUCUACAGCGACCAACGGGUAUUGAUCCGACUGGUCAAGUCGGCCAUCAAGCUGGCACCAUUGAAGACUGUGUCAGUUUGUAAGCUGGAGCUAAAUGCUGCCUUGAUGGGGGCCAGGUUGGCUCAUUUCGUCCAGGGCGCGUUGAGGAGAAGGUGUGACGCCCGAUUCUUCUGGACUGAUAGCAGCACGGUGCGGAGUUGGGUCUGUGGAACGUCAUCGCAUUCCCAGAUGUAUGUGAGUCACAGGAUCGGCGAAAUCCAAACACUGACCGAGCCGGGGGAGUGGUGGUUUGUUCCCGGACGCUACAACCCAGCGGAUGCUGCCACGAGAUCACAGCUGGAGGAGGAGAGUAUUCCGCCCUGGUGGAUAAACGGGCCUGAAUUUUUAUACGACAAGGAGGAGAGCUGGCCAAUUGAUUUGCCGUGGACGGUGGCAAAAGAGGAGUUAAGGGCUGCCCACGUUCAUCUGAGCGUCACGGAACCGGCAUUUGACUGA